AUGAGCACCAAGUUGGUUCUCUGCCUAUGCCUGGCGCUCUGCGGAGCCCUGGCGAUGGCCCGCCCCCAGGAGGAGACCCUCGGUCAGGAGUCGAGUGUGGAGAGCAGCCAGGAGUUGAACAGCGUUGAGAACGACGCGGAGACCGAUCCCUCGACCUGGCGCAAGCUCUUCGGCAGCGAUGGCAACCUGGUGGUGACCUUCCCGCAGUCCUCUAGCUCCACCAAGAAGCCCAAAACAACGACGACCACAAAGCCCUACCCGCACUAUCCGCACUACCCGCCGCCACCACACGGCUAUCCCAGCUACCCGAGCUAUCCCUAUCCUAGCUACCCCUAUCCUCCGUACCCGUUUCCUCCUCCGGGUCAUGGACACGGAGAUCACGGCGGACAUGGAGGCGGACAUGGCGGUGGACAUGGCGGCGGACAUCAUCCUCCCACGACGACCACUACUACUACUACUACAACCACCACGAAGAAGCCUCAUCCCACUCCUCCCGGACACGGCCACCACACACCUCCCCCUCACUACCCUCAUUUCCCGAUCUACCCCCCCUACCCACCACCACAGUACUUCCCACCCUACUACCCACUGCCGCCGCCACCCCCACCACCACGACCACCACACCACAAUGACUCUGACGAGUCCACCGAAGCGCCGAUCAAGCUCUGCAAGAAGUUCUUCGGCCCAUCCUGGUGCAUCUCGCGGUAG